GAAGAACUGUGCAAAAGGAGGACCUCAGAGGGUACAUUUAUGAGAAGUAGCAACAGUGCACGUUUUGACGGCAACUGGGGAAAUUUGGCAGCACGUGGUUUCUGAAGAGAGCCCCACUUUUGUUUUGUCCGAACACUCUCCAUCUUCAAGGUCUUGACUCUUCUCGGAGAAAAGAAAAAAACAGUUUUUCUUGUUAAUUUUCUUGUAAACUUUCUGGGAAAAUCUUUUUGGAAAGGGAGAGCUUGAGAUUUGCGUGAAUGGAAGAGCAGGAAAAUGAGGUUUUACCUGAUGGGUGGAGGGUGGAGAUGAGAAUCAGAAAGAAUGGUAAAAAGGAUAAGGUAAUUUAAUUUGUUAGGUCUAUAUUGAGAAGGUUGAAGCAGAAGGACUACCUCCAGGAUGGAUGAAGGAAAUUAGGAUAACAAAGUCAGCCAAUAAAGUUAGAAGAGAUCCGGUUUACAUUGAUCCUGUAAGUGGAUAUUUUUUCCGCUCUAUGAGGGAUGCAUCACGCUAUCUUGAAACUGGUGAGAUAGGAAGGUUGGCUUACAAACCGAAGGACAAAGGCGGCAACAAUGGUGGGCAUGAUGAGGAAUUGGGAAAUGAAAAAUGCAAUUCACCUACUGCGGCCAAGAAACAGAAGUUAGAAACCCCUGGUACAGAAGCAGCGAUUGUAGAUAGUUGCCCAAAAACAAGUGAGAUAGCACAGAAUGAAGAUGCACUCAAUUCAGCUGGUACAGGAGAACAAACUGAGAUUGAAGAUGCACUUAAUUCAGCUGGUACAGGAGAACAAACAGAGAUUGAAGAUGCACUAAAUGCAGCCGGAAUGGGAGAACACAUAGUGAAUAAAAAUGCACUAAAUUCAGCCGGUACUGGAGAACACACAGUGAAUGAAAAUGCACUAAAUUCGUCCAAUACCAGAGAACGCAUAUGCCUCACUGAGCAUGCUUCUUAUCAGGAUGGGCCAGGCAUUGUAUUGGGCAGUUCAAACCUUCAAGAAGCCAAGGAUUCCAAUAAAAUGGAUGGGGAGAAAGAUUCUGAUAAAAGUGCAUCCCUUUCAACCUCUGCGGUUGAGGUGUGCCCACAUAGGCCAACAUCUGAAGAUGUGGACACAAGGAAUGAAAAUAAGAAGACUGGACCUGGAAAGCGUGGAUCCAGGAAAAAAGAAGUGGAUAACUUGCCACGUCGGGCAUCAAAACGACUUGCUGGUGUUGCACUUGAUCCAACCCCAGAACUGAAACCUGUUACCAGAGGUCGUCAUAAACAGUCAGAUGAGAAAGUGGCCUCUGCAGCUGAGGGUUCUUGCUCUGAUAGUAUGGCUCCUCAGGCAUCCCAACAACCGAAUGGGCUUGUGGCGAAGCCUAAAUCAGAUCAUGUCUCUGACACUACAAAAAGCUCAGGAGGUUCAAUCAAAUCAAGUAAGUGGAGGCAUCUGUCUCAGGAUUCAAAUGAACAAGCUGGGAAGACAGAAACAGACUAUAAGAAUGACAAGAAGCAAGGAUGUGACAUUGUUUUGCCUAAGAGGAACAGCGAUAAAGCUGAAACUAGCAGUCAGGCUGAUGCAAAGCCAGGUCCCCAUGUCGACUUGCCAUUUGGAGAAUUAUUGUCAGACCCUUGCAUUGCUUUUGCAAUUCAAACUCUCACUGGAGCAACUUUCGACGCUUCAAACACCACUGAAGUGUCACUGGGAUCAAACAAUAGCGUAUUUGAGGGCUUGAAUACUUCAGAAGAGCAAUCUGGAAGGAUAAAGAGAGAAAAUGAGGGACUUGAGAAGCAGGACAACCUCACUGUUCCAAAAGGACCAGCAGUAAAGGCUGAAAGCAGCCAUGAAACUGAUGAGAAGCCAGGACCUCCCUUUGAUUUGCCUUUUGCAGAAAUCUGGAGAGACCCAUGCAUCGAAUUUGCAAUAAAAACUCUUACCAGUUCAAACCCAGUUGGCUGUGAUCUGGAUAUACAAGACUACUUCCACAGCAACUUAACACAUCACAAGCCCAAGCAAGCAAUAACUUCUGCCAAACCGAGUUCUUAUGCCAACAAUACAACAUCCUAAAGAAGACCGUGUCAAGAGAGCAAGCUCGUACUGGAAACAUAACGAUACAAAGCUCAGGUGUAAAGGGCCUGCACCAACAUGGCCAAAAGUGUUAUAACAAAUGUCACUGAUGGGCUAUUUUCCUGUUCUAACUUCCAUUGUAUAGAUAUAAGGCUUCUGUAGAACAGUGCUUCUAACCUAUUGCUUGCUGUUUCCCACGGUUGUUUAUCAAAAAUUCUCAUGUUGGACCUUGGCACUUCUCAGAAUGACUUUCCAUAGUGAGCUCAGUGGUUUUAGCUUGGCAGUCCAAUUUGUAAUCAGUCAGAUAGUUUGAAGUUGGGCGUGCUGAUGCUCACCAACAAAACUUCAUCCUGGACUGAAGAAAUAUAUCCUGCUUUACUAUAUUAUUUGUAUUGGCUGUGGUGUUGAUUUUUAUCAGAGAACACAAAUCACAGACUUGUUGAUGAUAAUUAUUCAGUGGGUUAAUCCAAUAAACUCUGCGAUUAUGACA